AUGGAUCCUCAGCGCUUUUAUGGUAAAAAACGUCCUGCAUUUUCCAUCCCAGAGAGUAGUGAAGAUGAGAAGGCAUCGGAUGAUGAAACUUAUAGAAACCCAGGUCCUGAGAUUUUCAUUCCAGAGAGCAGUGACGAUGAAAUCGCUUCAGAUGAUGAUCGUGGAAAUGUAGGUGAAUUUGAAGAAAUUUAUUUAGAUGACGACGCUCUUGAUAAUGAUUGCGACGAAUAUAUUCCUUAUGAAACGGAAGAAGAAGAUAUCUCAAGCAAGCCUUCUACGUCAAAACAGCGCACAGGAAAUAAGAGAAAGAAGGUUAAAUGUGUAUGGUCUGAUGAAAGUAUGGCGUAUGACGAGUCACAUAUUGCGUUUUUAGGAUGCCAAGAUCUCCCAAAUGAAAUUAUGAAACUCGAAGCGCCCAUGGAUUUCUUUAAAUUUUUAUUUCCUUCUUCAGCGAUUAAUUUAAUUGUAAGGGAGAGCAACUUAUAUGCUGAUCAAAUCACCGAAAGCAACCACAAUGAAGUCACGGAAGAAGACAUACGUAAAUUUUUAGGCAUAAUAAUUUAUAUGUCUGUGGUGCAUCUUCCAACAACACGUCAUUAUUGGAAGGAAGGUACAUACAUUGAAAAGGUGGCUUCAGCAAUGACUUGUAACAAGUUUGAAGAAGUAAAAAGGUUUUUACAUUUUUUUAACAAAAAUGAUGAGUUGGAGUCCGGUGAUCCAAAUUUUGACCGGUUACAAAAGAUACGCCCUUUCCUUAAUAUAUUGCGUGAAAGACUGUUACAAGUGCCUAAAGAAGAAUACUUGGCAAUUGAUGAACAAAUGAUUCCUACCAAAGCACGUACUUCUGGUAUGAGGCGUUAUAAUGCCAAAAAACCACACAAAUGGGGCUACCUCAAUUAUGUGCUAAGCGGAGCCAGUGGCUUUAGCUACGAUUUUGAGGUUGAUACUGGAAAACACCCUGAUCCGCCAGAGAACUGCCCUGACCUCGGAAUACCAGGAAACAUUGUCCAGCGUUUGUUAAACACUGUUCCUCAAAAUCUUAAUUAUAAAAUUUUUGUGGACAAUUGGUACACUAGUUUGCCUUUGAUGGCCAACUUGCAUAAAAAAGGACUCCUUCCUUUAGGAACAAUUCAGCUCAAUAGAGCACCCAAUAUAAAUAUAGAAAAAAAAACUAUUAUGAAAGAAGAAAGAGGAUAUUGUGCGGAAAAAUCUACCAUUUAUGAGGAUGUCAAAUUAACCGUUACUACUUGGGUAGACAAUAAACCUGUUAGCCUGUGUUCUUCAUACGUAGGCAAAGAACCCAUGGCAAUGGUGAAAAGAUUUUUAAAGAAAAAAAGGGCCAAAAUUGAUAUCCCUUGCCCAAAGGCUAUUACAAUUUAUAAUAAAUAUAUGGGCGGCGUAGACUUAUUAGAUUCUAUGCUAGGUUUUUAUAGGAUUAAAAUUCGAAGCAAAAAGUGGUAUCACAGAUUGUUCUUCCAUUUUAUAGACCUAGUCUGUGUAAAUAGUUGGUUAUUGUGGAGACGUAGAACCAAACAAAAAGGUGAAGACAUGUACAUACCCUUGCUGGAUUUUAAAUUAAUGGUGGCAGAAAUUCUGAUGCAAGAAGAUGCCAGAGUUUUUACACCAACUCGCAGAGGACGACCGCUAAAUGCAAAUAUAGAAAAUAUUAAAAAAGACAAAAAACGACGCCGCAUUGAAUUGCCUCCUGUUGAAGUAGCCGAAGAUGGCUUUAAUCACUGGCCGGAGUGGAAUACUGACCGACAAAGGUGUAAGAUGGUCGGCUGUGGUCAAAAAACCCAAGUAAUGUGUACUAAGUGCAAAUGUUAUUUAUGCUUGAAUAAGGACCGCAACUGUUUUAAAAAAUUUCACAUGUCGCAUGAUUGA